AUGACUCCAACGGGCUUCCGCCUCGUGCCUUGGACUCUUCUCACUCUUUCCUGUCUGUCUUUAUUCGUGGCUGCAAGGCCUCAUCAAAGCCACCAUGCCCUUCAUAGUCAUUUCUUAGCCUCGCUCCAGAAGCGAGCCACUGGUGCCACGACAAUUUUGUUCAAUGCCACUACACUCACUGACACGUCCCUAUCGCAUGCAUGCAUCGACGCUUUGGCUGCCCCGUUGGGUUGUUCUGGCUACAUUCUGGACGAGGACAUGCUCUACACUUGGGGCGGAUUCUCCGAUGAGAAUCUUGUCGCCCUCUGCACAACAAACUGCUCCAAGUCGAUUGAAAAUUACCGAUCCAACGUGAUCACAGCGUGUGCCGACGACGUCUAUACGGACCCCGUGAUUAAUUCCACGGAGUACAUCGACGGUACGAACACUCGGGAAGACAUCUACAAUGUCGGCGGCGUCUCUGUUCAGCCAAUCGCUCUGGCCGAUUACUACUUUCUAAACUACAGGUUGCUAUGCCUAAAAGAUGAUGAAUCCAAAAGGUUUUGCUAUUCCGAAACCGGGAAUGGCAAGAACACAACUCUCAGCGAUUGCAGCUCGUGUAAUCUUGAUGCUAUGCGAUUGCAACUCGAAGACGCUAGGACAUUCGACGAGGAGCUUGUCGAGGAGUAUUCUUCCGUUGCUUCGUCCUGCAAAGUAACUGCGGCUCCUAUAACCACUCCUUCGCCGGUUACCGGAACCGACCAAUCAACUUCCACGAAGACUUGCCAAGGAUCUUCCAUGAUUGUGCCAACCAGCGUCUCAUGUGAUGACUUUGCUUUUGCCCAUAACAUCAGCACAUCUCAGCUACUCUCGCGCAAUCAUCUGUCUGGUGGGUGCGCAGAUUGGCCAGGAGACUCAUCCGAACUCUGUAUUGAGGGCAGCUGUGAGCCAUAUGUUGUUCAGAAGGACGAUACUUGUGGAAGGGUAGCCAGGGCCCACAACAUUACUCUAACGCAGCUGCUGCGAUGGAAUUACUUUAUUGAUCCUUAUUGUAACAACUGGGACCAGCAAAUAGGCCAUGUCAUUUGCGUCACUGACCCUUCUGGCUAUACACCGCCCAAAGCAUCUAUACCCAGCAUUGUGGAUGGGACAGCCACAACUGCAGCUCCAGUCCCUUCGGACGCGCAGCCUGAGUCAACCAAGGCCUGUGGCAAGUGGUAUGAGCCUCCGAAAGAUCAAGGCUGUGCUGAAUUGACCAACAUAAAUGGAAUUACAUUUGAUGACUUUCGUUUUCUGAACCCUCAAAUCGAUGCAAACUGCACUAAUAUGUGGGCAGAAACUUCAUACUGCAUCAUGGCCGUCGGAGAUAUCAACACAUACACCAACUAUUCAGGAACCGCAGUAAUUCCAACUGCCACUUCGGUAACGAGCGUCAAUCUCGGUGAUCUGCCAGAAGCCACGUAUACACCCAGCGCCAUUUCCCCGGUCUCCACGGGCUAUCCUUUCGCCAAUGACUCGGUCCAGGCAUGCUACCAUAAUUUCAACAACGAUAACGGCGAAGUGUCCUGCUCAAUUGUAGCAGCCGCCCUAGGUGUCAGUGUUUAUGACUGGGUGAAGUGGAAUCCCAGCGUCCUCGGCGGUGCAGACUCUUACUCCCCAGGUAACUGCACACUCAAAAACGAGACUCAGUACUGUGGCGUCUUCUACGAUCCUGGCAGUGUGGAGUCUGAGACAACAGACAUAUACGUACCAAAGCCGACCGAUGCAACUGCCAAUGCCACUACCUCAUGUGAGGAUUGGUACACAGUGAGCGAGGGUGAAACAUGUGAAGAACUCCUCGAGGAGGUUGACAUUCCGUUGUGGGCCCUUCACGACUGGAACCCAAGUGUCGGGUCCAAGUGUGAGAAGCUGAUGGUUGACGCCUCGUAUUGCAUUCGAGGCCCAGGAUGGGAGACUGUCUCCUAUGAUGCUACCCAGAGCCUAACACAAAUCCCUUCAAGCACAGUCACUGGCACAAUUAUUGAGAUCACGUCAACUGCAAAGAAUUCCGCAGCCUCCACGACCAGAAACACGGCCAAAACUUCGGCCAAGACCACACAACAAACAGCAUCGAAGACUUCCUCGGGUCCUCCUGGCCCCACGCAGUCUGGAAUUGCGAAGAACUGCCAAAAAUGGUAUCUUGCCCAGAAGGAUGAUGGUUGCCAGGCCAUUGCCGACAAGUUCAAGAUCACUCUAAGCGACUUUUACUUUUGGAACCCUGCAGUAGGAACUGACUGUAAGAAUUUGUGGGUUGACGAGGCUUAUUGCGUCUCUGUAUCAAGCCAAUAAUUUAUCGAAUUUCGCAGACGGCUUGAAGCAACACAUAAUAUCGUACCCAGAAACUACUCAGGCCUGGUACCCAACACCAGCCCCUAGCAUAGCGUAGUAGAUGUGGAUAUCGUCAGCUCAAUCAAUCAAC